ACUGUAUAUCGUCGACUUUUUCCAUUUGCAGAAUGUCGCGUUUGCUGCAUGGAACGCUCGAUGUGACCAUAUACGAGGUGGAUGCACUGCCAACUCUUAACGACUGCGAUUUCAAUCUCUGCUGCAAGGGUACAAAUCGAAGCGUGAGGAAGAGAUUCCUUUCCCAACUCAAGAGUUGUCUGUUCUGUCAAUGCCAAGGCCAACCCGGGUCUACCCAAACGGGUCUGUAUGCAACAGUUGAUUUAGAUAAGGCAAGAGUUGGAAGGACUAAAGUGGUAAAUGAUGAACCCUCCAACCCCACGUGGAAUGAUACCUUUCGGAUAUACUGUGCCCAUUUGAUCUCCCAUGUUAUAUUCACUGUCAAACAAAAAGACCCCAUUGAUGCAACUCUAAUUGGAAGAGCUUAUGUCCCAGUUGAGCAAGUCGUCAAAGGUAACAUAGUGGACACAUGGGUCCCAAUAUUGGACGAGGAUCGCAACCCCAUUCCCAGUGACUCUAAAAUCCAUGUCAAAAUGCAAUUCUCUAAUGUUUUGAAUGACAUAAACUGGUCUGGAGGAAUAAGAAGUCCGAGGUUUCAAGGAGUUCCCCACACCUUCUUUAGUCAAAGAACCGGCUGCAACGUUACUUUGUACCAAGAUGCUCAUGUUUCACAUGGUUUUCAACCGUGGAUUCCCUUGUCGGGAAGGAAUUAUGAGUUUAGGAAAUGCUGGGAGGAUAUUUACAGUGCCAUUGUGGAGGCUAGGUACUUUAUUUACAUAACUGGUUGGUCUGUGUACACUGAAAUAAGCUUGAUUAGGGACCCCAUGCAGCCCAAGAGAAUCACCCUUGGGGAACUUCUCAAGAGGAAAGCUGAGGAAGGUGUUAAGGUUCUCAUGCUUGUUUGGGAUGAUAGAACAUCUGUGCCAGACUUCAAGAAAGAUGGCUUGAUGGCAACCCAUGAUCAAGAAACUGCUGCUUACUUCAAAAACACAAAGGUGAAUUGUGUUUUGUGUCCGCGGAACCCGGAUGUUGGAAGAAGCAUUGUGCAGGAUCUGGAAACUUCAACAAUGUUCACUCAUCACCAGAAGAGUGUAGUUGUUGAUACCCAAUUUGUUGGUGCUCCGGUGGGACAACGACAAAAGAGAACAAUAACAAGUUUCAUAGGUGGCAUUGAUCUUUGCGAUGGGAGAUACGAUACUCAGGAACAUCCUCUGUUUUCAACUUUGGACACACUGCAUAAAGAUGACUUCCAUCAGCCAAAUUUCCCAGGUGCUUCCAUCAAGAAAGGUGGUCCAAGAGAGCCAUGGCAUGAUAUUCACUGCAAGUUAGAAGGAUAUGUUGCUUGGGAUGUUUUGUCAAAUUUUCAACAAAGGUGGGAGAAGCAGGUUGGGAAUCAGCAUCUAUUCCCUUCGAGCAUGCUUAAUGAAUACUUUGUCCCUCGAACCACUGCGGCAACGACCAAUGAUAAUGAAACAUGGAAUGUUCAGUUGUUCAGAUCCAUUGAUGGUGGUGCAGCUUCUGGCUUCCCCCCAGACCCAGAAGAAGCAGCUGAAUUAGGCCUUGUUAGUGGGAACAACAACAUCAUUGAAAGAAGUAUUCAAGAUGCGUACAUAAAUGCUAUUCGAAGAGCACAAAACUUCAUCUACAUUGAAAACCAAUAUUUCCUAGGGAGUUCAUAUGCUUGGCAAGCAUCUGAUAUAGUAGUAGAGGAUAUUGGUGCGUUGCAUCUCAUACCAAAGGAGCUGUCAUUGAAGAUUGUUAGCAAGAUUGAAGCAGGGGAAAGAUUUUCUGUGUAUGUUGUCAUACCAAUGUGGCCAGAAGGCAUACCUGAGAGUGGUUCAGUUCAAGCAAUACUAGAUUGGCAAAGGAGGACAAUGGAGAUGAUGUAUGCUGAUAUAGCUCAAGCCAUUCAAAGAACUGGAAUUGAAGCGCACCCGAGAGACUACUUGACCUUUUUCUGCCUUGGAAACCGUGAGGCUCAGAAAUCUAGCGAGUACACUCCCACUGAGGCACCAGAACCCGACACUGAUUACUGCAGAGCACAAAAGUCUAGGCGAUUCAUGAUCUAUGUUCAUGCCAAGAUGAUGAUAGUUGAUGAUGAAUACAUAAUCAUUGGUUCUGCGAACAUAAACCAAAGAUCGAUGGAUGGAGCAAGGGACAGUGAGAUUGCGAUGGGUGCAUUCCAGCCACGGCAUUUAACGUGUAAUGGGCCACCCAGAGGACAGAUAUAUGGAUUUCGACGUGCACUGUGGUAUGAACACCUCGGAGAUGUUGAUGAUAGAAGCAUUUUCGACGAUCCUGAAAGCGAAGAAUGCAUGAAGCUUGUGAAUAAUCUUGCUGAAACCAACUGGGGUGUGUACUCUGAGCAAACUUUUGAUGAGAAUAGAGAAUUUCACCACCUCAUGCGUUAUCCCGUAGAAGUAACCAAGCAUGGAGCCAUAACGAACCUUCCGGGGCUUCAAUAUUUUCCUGACACUAAGGCUCGGAUUUUGGGUUCCAAAUCAGAUUAUCUUCCUCCGAUUCUCACCACUUAGCUUAUAAACCAUAUGUAAUUACUUGUUGGGAAGAGGGUGUCGAAGAAUGUAUGUUCAUGUAAAUGUCUGUUCUUACCAUUUCCAUCAUAAUAAACGUUACGCCUUUAGUGUCUAA